ACCCCCUUCUCCAAGGAAAGGAAGCCAUCCAGAUCCAACCCGUGGCGCCGCCGCCCCACCGCAUUCUCCCCGACGCAGAAACCUAGCUCCUCCUCCUCCUCUCCCUUCCACCUCUCCUUACCCCCGACCCCGCGGCGAGAUGGCAUCGACCUGCUUCCGCGCCGCCGCCCGCGUGGCCUCCGCCGCCAGCCGCUCGGUGGCCGCCGCUCGCUCUGUCCCCACCGGCCGCACCGCCGCCCGCCGCGCCCCGUGUUUCUCCAGGUUGCCGGUGGAGCUCGGGUGCUGCGCUGGAAUGUCGCUGCUGCCGCUGCACAGCGCGGUGGCGGCGGCGAGGCUGACGUCGCGGCUGAGCACAGCAUCCCGGAGCUGCAGCGCUCUCUCUCAGGGUAUCCUCUGUCGCACCUAUCCCGGGCUUUAACAUCAUGAAAAUGAUGGUACGUGAAACAUUUACACAAUGUCUUAAGGUGGGUGCUUGGAUAUUGGGGCAACGAUGCACACUUAUUACUGCUACAACCGUUGUAGUCAUAGAUUUUAUGCUUUAGAGUCGAACUUGUAGAACUCUUCUUCUACUGUCAGGGCUAACAUGCAACACUGUACGUUUCACACUUAUAAUUGAAUAAUGAUUACUCUGGUUAGAUGUCCACUCUUCUGAUGUAUGCUUUAUUUCUUUGUUUUAUAUAGAGAUGGGUCAGUCUGUUCGAAGGUGAUAAAAUGCUGGAAGAUCUGCUCAUGUCGUGCUAUUGGGCUGAAUUGAUUUUUGUAGAG